AGAGUCCUUAGGACUCCCGUGUCCCCGCGCCCCUUCACGGGAUUCCCUCAAAGCCAGGUCCCAGACCACCCCCGAUUCCGCCGGGACCCCAGACCCCGCGGCAUCCCGGGCCUAGACCCCCAGGCCUCGAGCCGCGAGCCGCCAGCGACGCCCCCGUGGACCCCGGGCCCCGACGCACGCCAGCUCCGCCCCCGCGCGGCCCUGCUCGCGCAGCGCCCCUCGGCGCCCGCCUCUGCGGCUGCGCGCUGGCGGGCCGGGGCCGGGGCCGGGGCCGAGGGGAGGGGGUCGUACCUGGGGCCGGCGGAGCUGCUGUGGCGGCAGCGGCGGCAUUCAGAGGCCGAGCGGGCCCGGCGGCGCGGGCAGAGCCAGACGGAACGGAGGCCGCGGUCAUGUCUCGCUACACGAGGCCCCCCAACACCUCCCUGUUCGUCAGGAACGUCGCGGACGCCACCAGCACCAGGCCAAAUGAAAUCAAAAGAACGUCACCCUUGUUCUCCAAGUGAACAUAGGAGAUCAAGAAGCCCCAGCCAGAGGAGAACUCGAAGUAGAAGUUCUUCAUGGGGAAGAAAUAGGAGACGGUCUGAUAGCCUUAAAGAGUCUCGGCACAGACGAUUUUCUUAUAGCCAGUCUAAAUCUCGUUCUAAAUCUCUACCACGGCGAUCUACCUCAGCAAGGCAAUCAAGAACACCAAGACGGAAUUCUGGUUCUAGAGGACGGUCAAGGUCCAAGUCUGUACAAAAAAGGUCCAAGUCAGUAGGAAAAUCACAAUCAAGUUCACCUCAAAAACAGACUGGCUCAGGAACAAAAUCAAGAUCACAUGGAAGACAUUCUGACUCUAUAGUAAGAUCCCCAUGUAAAUCUCCCAAAGGCUAUACCAAUUCUGAAAUGAAAGCACAAACAACAAAACAUUCUCAUUUUCGAUCACAUUCCAGAUCUCGGAGUUAUCGACAUAAAAACAGUUGGUGAACAGCAACAACAGAGCACUAUGUAGUCUUUAUUAUAAGUUAUUAAACUUCUCAUUAUGUUAAAAUAAAAGUUCUUUAAGGCUUAUAGAAAAUGUGAAUUGGUACUAGCUACUUUGGGAAUGUACAAAAAAUAAAAUUGUUCUAGCUUUGGAUUAAUAAAGACUUGGUCUCAGUUUUAAGGGUCCACACCACAAAUUAUGAUGUGUCAAAUGUAACAGUUGAUAUUUUUUGUCUACAUUGUGGCAGAAGGGUACUUUUAAAGGAAAUGGGUAAACUGGAACUAAUUUAGAAAAUCUUGAAUACUUGGAUAUUGUGUGAGAAAUAUGAAUACAUUUUACAAAAUUAUUUUUUACUUUAAGGCACUUUCAUGUAAAAAUAUAAUUAUGACUGUGUAAUUAUAUAGACUGAACUUAAACCACUUGACAACUUACAUCUUUUCUGUCUAAAUGUGGGCUAAUUUCUUGUUGGUACUAGCUCAUAGUACCAAAAUUUGACAUUCCUAAGGGUAGAAUUUACAUAGAAAUCAUGCAUUCAAGAGAUAGUCUCACCUGAGCUCAAAAAGGUUUUAUUUUUAUUGAAUGAAACCGUAUAUCAAUAAGCUUACAUUAGGUCGCAGUCUGUACCAUAUUCACUUCAGAAAUACCAAUAUCAGUAGAGAUUUUGAAUGAAUCUUAAUUCUUAAGAAAUUGUAUACAACACAAUCCAAAAAUACCCAUAUUAAGCCUUACACAUAUUUGAACAGUGGUACAUUUGUAUAAAAAUCAUUUUAUAACAUGAUUUCUACAUAUACCUACUUUUCAUCUACUGCUUAAUUUUUCCUCCUGAUACUUUAAAUUGCAUAGAAUACGUUGUUAUUUUUGAAAGAGUACCUUGUACUAAAAAACUCAAGACUGCAUUCACAAAACACUCUGCUUUAAUCAGAUUAAACAGCUCCCCCCUUUUUUAAAACCAAAUAUCUUGAUACUUACUGCCUUUGUAGUUAAAAGAAUUUCUUUUAAAACAUGUUUAUAGUUUGUUUUUCAGAGGAUUUUGGUAGUGUUUGUGGUAAAAUUUUAAACGAUUAUUACAGGGAAUAUAUUUAUAGAACCCAACUUGUGUACCUUGUUGAAUUAUAUUAAAAACGAAACAUUCUCAGCUCAUACAUCUGAUAUUUGUAUCUAGAGUGCUUAAGAGAAAACAAUCCUACAUUUUCUGUCAUACAGGAGUUAGUGUUGUUUCUACUUGUUUUUUAAUACAAAUUCCAUUUUUAUUUGCAUUUUAAUCCUAUAUCUAAAAGAACCUUACCAAAUAAUUUAUGUGCUGGUAAUAUUGGGACAAGUACCAUAAAUUCCUGUGUACUGUACUUUCUGGAUAGAUUUUUCUCUAACCAUAGCAAGACAUUUCAAAUAUACAACUGUUGCGUGUUCAGCUAUAAUAAGAAUUAGUUAUAGGGAGUUGGACGGUAGCGCAGUGGGUUAAGCACAGGUGGUGCAAAGUGCAAGGACCAGCAUAAGGAUCCUGGUUCAAGCCCCCAGCUCCCCACCUGCAAGGGAGUCACUUCACAAGUGGUGAAGCAGGUCUGCAGGUAUCUUUUUCUCUCUCUCCCCCUCUGUCUUCCCCUCAUCUCUCCAUUUCUCUCUGUUCUAUCCAACAACGAAGACAAGAAAACUAUAACAAUAAAACAAGGGCAACAAAAAGGGAAUAAAUAGUUAUAAUAUUAUGUAGCACUCUCAGAAAUUAAAAAAAUAGUCCAAAGAGAUAGCAAGUCAAAUUUUACUAACUAUAUUUUCUAGUACAUAUUUGGGUUUGCACACAGGUAUGCUGUCAUUCUAUAUACUAACUAGAAAUUGAUUGUAAUGCCCACUUAAUAUUAGUAAAAUGUUAGCAAGACACUUUCUGAACAAGUUUAAUCCUUUGAUUUGCCUCUGAUUUGAUUUCCCAUUGUAAUCCUUAGGAUAUGUAGGAGAAUUAUGUUUUAAUGGAAAAACAACAGUAAUUCAGACUCUUGAGCAUUUACUUAACACGGGGCACUGUUAAGUUUUAUGUUAUUAUCUGGAUGAUCAUGACAAGUUUAUAUUAGACACAGGUGACAUUCUGUGUGAGGAAAGUGAGAUGCAGAGAGGGUAAAUGACAGGUAUGGGGAGUGAAACCAUAUGACUUUGCUUCAUAUACCCAUAUUUUUUUUACAAAGAGAACGUGGGACCAGGGGGUGGCAUGCCUGGUAAAGCACAGGUUACAGUUCUCAAGGACCCUGGGUCAAGCUGCUGGAUCUCGCAUGCAGUGAGGAAGCUUCACAAUUGGUGAAGCAGCGCUACAUGUGUCUCUUUCCCCCUCUCAUCUCCUCCUUUACUCUCAAUUUCUCUGUAUCCAAAAGAAAUAAAAUUUUAAAAGCCUUUAACAGAUAAAUAAUAUUUUAGAGGAAAAGCAGAGAUAAUUAUUUUAGAGGAAAGGCAGAGAUAAAAUUAAGGAAAAAUUAUUAUAGGUCUUAAUGAAAAUGAGAUCUAUGGCUGAGUGGGAAUUGGUUGAUACUUGUGCUGGUACCCUCGAAAAUUUGUCUUCUAGUUAUAUCUGUAUUCUAGGGUUCACUUUUGUUAUUGAAUUAUAGAACCAGAUGAGAGGAAAUAAAGUAAGAUUGUCAGUAAAUAAAGCAAGUGUUUUAGGUAA